AUGUCUGCUAACACGUAUCCAGAACAUAAGCGCAUCGACCCAUCCGGGGUUCAGAAAAAAAAGCCUGGACGAAAGGCGAAGGUAGUUCCCCCAGAAUUGGACCUUUUUGGUAAUGGUGUUGUUAUGGUGGUGGGGGACAAAUCGCCUCCAAAGGUGGAAGAAUGUCCUGAGUGCCUCACUCAGGCAGAAUUGGACGAGUUAAAUACGUCCAUCAAUGAAAUGCACGAGUUGACAACAGCCCCCGCCGAUCCCGUCGAGGAAAAUCGUAACUCGCUGGCUGAAAGAACUAACGAGGAAUUAAAUCGGCUGGCAAUCCAAAUACAUACCAUCAUUGAGGAGAGGAUGCCUCACCCCAGUAAUUCCUGA